AUCCGAUUGCUUGGGCGAUCAAUAAACGCUCGAUCACCGGAAAGAGUAGCGCAAACUAUCUUCUGCUUAUUUCGCUAUUUGUUUCGUCUGUAGGGUAAUAUUUCGUAUUGAUAAUCAAUAAAUCAAAUCAAUUAAGUGAGUUGUGAUAGUAUAUACAAAGUAAUCGGAUGGUAUCUCUGGGAUAUAUUUCUUCAUACUAAGGAGACUUUCAUUUAGCAACAGCAUCCUAAGACUUCCGGUGAGUCACGUGAUAAAAUGGCCGGUGGAUUCGGAGCGGCAUCAUUGCCACUUAUUUCUUCAAUAGCCCUUUUGGCUGGGGCUGUACUGAUUAUACUAGGGUUCGCAGCACCCUAUUGGGCCAACGACGGAGUAAAUUAUGUUGGACUUUGGAGAUACGGGAAAUGUAUGAACCCCAACAGUAAAGAUUGUUAUGUCUACGAACAACCAAGUCUGAAAAACGUCCCAGUAUGGUUACACGUUACUCGAGGACUGGAAUGCUGUGCAGUGAUCUUUGUGUCCCUACCCCUAGUCAUACUUCCGGUAUACAUGUAUGUAGCUCUGGGGAUGUACUACCGUUGCAUGAUGGGAACUAUGUGUGGAAUGUGCCUUCUCUCUGCUGCCACAGGAAUUGCAGGAGUAAUUAUCUAUGGAAUAAAUGUAAAUAGGAAUGAUUGGGAGGUCGCAUGGAGUUUGUUCUGUGUCAUUGUGGGUUGCGCAUGCGUGUUCAUCGGGUUCCUAGUGCUGCUUAUUUCAAUGAUAUCCAAGCGUCCAGCAGGAAUAACAGAGCCAUAUUACCCUACCACGAUUUACGUUGAUCCAAAGAAAAACAAACUUUACACAAUAAGAUUAGAGGAGGAGGACGACUGAGUUUAUACUACUAUGAUUUGAAAUGAGAUAUAUUCCAUAUCAAAUGAGAUAAUACUCAAUAUCAGCUUUUUAGAUAGGAUCUCAUCUUAAUGAAUAAUCAAUUAUACAAGUAGCUUACAGCCUUGCAAUCAUUUUUGUGCAGUUAUUACAAAAGAUACAUUUAGAAGUCCCAGAUAUGGGGACAAAGUUGAAUUUUAAAGAUAUAUAUUCUUCAGUCAGAUUAAACAAGGAUGGGACCUUUCUACCGUCAGGCACACUGACCUAUUUUGUUUCUAAUUUUAUCCUUAAAGAAACAAAACAAAGGGAACUGGAGUGAUCAAAAUUCCUAAAUUAUAAUUUCUUGUGUCUCUGCUAAAUCGGUCCCAGAUCUACCGUUAGAUAUUCAUAGACAUGUUAAACUUAAUGUACAUGUAAAUACCAUAUACGCUUGUUAUUUUUUUCUCCUAGGUGUACUUGCAAAUAGAUUUUUUUAUAUGUAUAUAUUUCCAAUGAUAUUUUUAUAUGCCAUUUGAACAAAAAAGCCAAUGAAAAAUAAAAGAAAAAAAAACAAAAACAAA